AGAGCACGAUUCGAUUGUAUAGAUGUUUUAUUUGUUGAACAAUAUUUCGACAGUACGUCUAUCUUUGUCAAGUUCAAAACAAAAGUGGUUCACAGUGAAAUCUAUGGUUAUGGAUUCCGUCCAUAUGAAUACAUGCCACCAAAUUUAGAAAGAGAGCCAAAAGGAAGGAGACAAGAAUUACAUUACGGAAUGUAUAGUCUGCGCAGCUUUAUUCUUCCAAAAUUGCUUAUUAUAAUUACCAGAAUUAUUCAUCUGCUUGGAGCCAGCAAUAUUCAUCCAUUCCUUAUAUGGAAGACUAUACAUGCAACAAUCACUUCUUUCCUACCCUGGAGUGUCUAUAAAUUUUCAAGAGAAGCUUACAAGUCACAUGAUUUAGCUGUCAUAGCAUGUAUUCUGGCAGCAUUCUCUGUUCACUUAUCUGUUUUCGGUACACACACACUAAUUUCUACUUUUUUGUCCCCUUUUGUGUUUUUGUCAUUAUCAGUAAUCUGGAGAACCCUUUGUUCUGAUCUUCCUUGUUUCUAUACAAAAAAUACUAUAAAAGUUAACAGAAAUGGAACCGUAGAUAUUAGGGAGAAUAGAAAUAUUUCCUGGAACAAUGAUGUUCUAAAGAGAAUCUCAAAAAAAACUGAUGCUGAGAAAAUUUAUAGAGAUAAAAACAACACAGGAAAUAAUAACACUAUAAUAGGAGUAAUUGGAAAGCAUCUCAGAAACUUUGGCACUGGAAUUAUGAUUGGUAUUCUUCUCUAUAUACGUAUUGAUCUGCUUGUUUUCUAUACAGCUAUUUUUUGCCCAGUAUUAUCUUGGUAUAUUUCCAAGUGGAGAUUGUUUUUUCAACAGUUUAUAAUCAUUACUUUUGGUGUUCUCUUGGGAAUCGCUAUAGGAGCAAUUGAUGAUUAUUAUACAUAUGGUAAAUUUUUUAUAAGCCCUAAACAGUGGUUUCUGUUUAAUGUCUUUUCAGAUCAUUCAAAUAUGUUUUUUGGUCAAUUUGGCAUUUCCUUUUACUUUAUAAACAUUGUAUUACAUAAUGCUGCUGUGAUUUUGAUGCUAGUCUUAACAUUCCUCACAAUCUUGGUAAUCAAAGUUAGAAAGUUUAAAAUAUCAAAUCCCUUUGUGUAUCACUGUACUUAUACAUCUUUAUUUCUCAGUUCCUCUGCAAUUAUUGUAUUAUUCACAUUCUCACUAAAAGGACACAAAGAAAUGCGAUUUUUGCAUAAUUUUGUUGUUCUUGUAUUGAUAGUCUACGCUAGUACACUGAAGACUAUUUUGCACUGCAUAUAUUCCAAAGUAAUAUCAAAAACCACAAAAACCACAAAAACUACUUUAAAUUCAUCUCUGGUUUUCUUAUUGUUGGUUUAUGUUAAACACCAAUGGAAUUUAUUUCCAAGUGGAAAGUCCACAGCUGAUUGGUCAUAUUCAGAUAACUUUGAAUCUGGAAAUAUAAAUCAAUGCUUAUAUUAUGUUCACCUUGAAGAUGAUGUAACAGGUGUCUUUUUAGAUGAAAGUUUAUACUUCAGCGGUGCUUAUAGCCUUCUUCAUAGAGAUGUACCCUUCCUUCCUCUCAUCCACAUGGAAUUUUAUGAAUUCAGCAAAGAGUCUAGAAUCCCUAUAAAAUAUCAGUUUGAAUGGUUAAAAGUUGAUAACACUAAUAAGCCUACAACCCACGUCAGUGCAUUAUCUAACAUAUCUGAUUAUUUAUCAGUGUAUAAUACUCCAUAUCUAAUAAAGAAGCUUAUGAAAAAUAAUGUUUAUAAUUAUCUUAUCGUUAAAAAAUUCCAGAAAUUUAUUGAUCUUGGUUUUAAGUUAGUUUUUCAAUCAGGAAUGAUAAAAGUCUUGAAAAAAGUAAGCAAUACAACAUUGAAAAAAAACUUCAAGUAUUUCUUGAAUCCAUUUUCUUCUAUAUCAGAAAAUAAUUUAACUCUUAACGAUAUUUUUCUUCAUGAAGGUCAUUUCUUGUAUUCUUUAGGCCAGUAUGAAAAAGCUGAGCAGCGGUUGUUAGCUGCGUUACAGUAUGCACCCAUAAGGGUGGCUACAUACCAGCUGCUAUUUAAUAUAUACCAACAUUUUGGUAAAUUUAAUGAGAGUAAUCGCUACUGGAAUGUUUGUGCUAAACUAUUUGGAGAAGAGGAAUGCAGGAAACCUGUAGAAAUUGUUGAUUUGCAAAAACUCCCCAGUAACAGAUAGCCACAAAGGAAUAAACCGAUACAUAGAACAUCACACACACACAGACACACAUAUACACUCAUGCACAUACACACACAUACAGACACUCUCACACACAUGCACACACUCAUUCUCACACACAUACGCACUCAUGUGCACAUACACUCUCACUUACGCAAUGAUUAGCAAAUCGUUUUUAAUUAAGCUGUAGACAGUUAAUUGGUUUCCCAGACAAUCUGCCAAUCAGUGUUCAGUGUGAUUGCCAGAAACAAUUUGUCAUCAUCAUUAUUGUCAGCAUCUUCACCACCACCCUACACUGCUGCCAUCGUCAUCAUCGUUGUCGUCAUCGUCAUCAUCAUCGUCAUCACUCUCCUCCUCCUCCUCCUUCUCCCUUUCAUCAUCAAUUUACUUCUAUUUUUCCAAGCUUGCAUGAGUUGGAUGGGUCAUUUUGAAACAGUAUUUUGAUAGUUGCCACAUCUCUUUGUGAACAAAGCCAUCCUAUUUAUUAAAACAUUCUUCUUUACUAAGCUUACCUUAAGACCUGUCAAUUCAAAUUUAGCUUCAUGCCCGGAAUUUCCCCUUUAGUUCCCCUCGACAUUCAGUUAUGAGAACUAAAUCAACAGUAUACGAGAGGUACCUUAACAGAAACCAGAAUUUUGCAAUAUUAUUUUAUUUAUUUAGUUUUACAUGUUUACACUUUUAUCACCUUCAAAGUAUUCUCCAUUUAAAGAAAUGUAUUGGUCCAGACAUGUUUUGCACAAUUCGAAGCAGUGCUGGAACUCUUGCAAAGUUAUGCUUUUUAACACCUCUGUCAUUUUUUUCUUUACUUCGUCCACAUCUGCAAAUUCCAUAGCAUCAGAUUUCAUCACUCCAGAUGAUCUUUGAAAAAAAGGUUCAGAUCAACUUCCAAUUCUUCUUUCAGUUCAUGACACAUUCAGUCAUGACUACUUUUGAUCUUCCAUGAGGAAGAGAGGCACAGAUUUUGCUGCAGCAUUUUUCAUUUGCAAUUCCUCGCUCAAAAUUCUUUGGGAGGAACUCCAGGACAUACCAGUCAUAUCAACAAGUUCAUCAAUCAUUGGGUGACAGUCCUCAAAAAUCAGUUCAUGAAUUUUCCUGAUGUUUUCAUUCAUUUGGAAGGUCAAUGGUCGUCCUGAAUGAGGUUGGUCCUCAAGCGACAAGUGACCAUUCUUAAAGCAUGGAAACCACUUGUAAACUUGUGUUUUGUUCAUGGCAGCAUCCUUGUAAUCUCUUUGAAGCAUGAUAACUGUUUCAGCCACUGUUUUUCCCAGCAGCAAACAGAAUUUCACAGAAGCAUGCUGUUCCUUUGUUUCAGCCAUUGCAAAACUUGACAAACAGGGGAGAAACACUACAAAACAAAAACACACCAUGUCACAGUACAACGUCACCUGAUGCCACCGGUCAGCAGACUGAUGCCUGAGGCUUACAUCAAAUGGUUUCUAGUGACAGAAGCCUAAACUGCAACAGGUUUGUCUCACAGAGAACAUUGCCAGUUACUUUUGGGUACCCCCUUGUAUAAGAGAUCCCGAAGACAUCCAGUCUUAAACUCCUGUGUGAUAGUGCGCAGGACUAUGAGGAAUAGGAGAGGACUGUGGAGUGACCCUUGAUGGACUCCUACGUUCACAUUAAAUUUAUCACUGAAAUUGUUGUUGAUUCUUACUUUUUCUCAUUGAAAUGCGAGUCCAUUCAAUAAGUCGAUUCCAUGAGAAAAGUUCUUGUAGACAGUGUCGCAGAAGAGUUUGGAUAUCAUUGAGAAAGUCCAUUAUAGAUUUGUAUGUAGUUUGUAUAGCUCUUACAAGCAGUUUGUCUAUAUUUGGUGUCUUUAAUAACCACAAAAUUAUUGAACAUAGUGCUCUAACAAACAUUUUCUCCAGAUCAAUGAAAGUCAGGAAUAGCUGUAUACCUACCUACCUACCUACAUACAUACAUACAUACAUACAUACAUACAUACAUCCAUACACACAUGUAUAUUUAUAUAUACACACACAUGCAUAUAAUUAUAUAUAUACAUAUACAAAUAUAUAUAUAUAUAUAUAUAUAUAUAUAUAUAUAUACAGGGUGUUCACACAGUCUGGGUACAUGGAGUAAAUAAAAUCAUAACAUAAACAAUUAAAUAUAAGAAAUAAUAAUUUCUUAAAGUACGUGUUAAUCCCCAUGUACCCAGACUUUGUGGACACCUUGUUUAUAUAUAUCGGUGUAUUCUACCUGUGUUAUGUUCGAACCAGCCAGAUCUUACCUCUUGGAUCUACUUUAUGAUGUCAUUCUGAAAAUAAACAAUCAUAUCAUCAAAAUCUUAAAGCUAUGAGAUAAUGCAUAAUUAAUUUAAAACACAAGGCAUUGCCAGGAAUCAAACACAUGAUCUUGCGACUAUGUGCCAAACACCCUAACCACUAAGCCAUGUGCUUUC